GUUACGUUUGUUUGGCUGUGACUCUGUCGAUUUUCAGCUUCCAUUUGGCCGGUAAGGGGACAACUUUAUGAUCGAACGUCCCACGCCAAAAUAACCGAUGAUCAUAUAAAGCCUCUCGUUUAGGAACUUGACAGUUGAGUUGAGUCAGCCAUGGGGGCGUUCUUGGCAAAACCGAAGACAGAGAAGGAGAACGAGCAUGGAUCAGGAAAUGGGAUACGAUUUGGUUUGAGUAGUAUGCAGGGAUGGAGAGUGGAAAUGGAAGAUGCACAUUCAGCUGUGCUGGGACUCCCUCAUGGGCUUAAAGACUGGUCUUUCUUUGCAGUGUUUGAUGGUCAUGCAGGCUCGAAAGUAGCUAAGUAUUGCUCUGAACAUCUUCUCGAUGAGGUCACCUCAACCCAAGAAUUCAAAGGUACCAAUAAACCAACUGCGUCAAUCCACCCGGCUCUUGAAAACGUCAGAGAUGGGUUAAGGACAGGUUUCUUAAACAUUGAUAAGAAACUGCGCUCACUGCCUGAGCUUCACACAGGAGAAGACAAGAGUGGCUCCACUGCAGUAUGUGUUCUUAUUUCACCAACACAUGUGUUCUUUGCAAAUUGUGGCGACUCGCGGGGAAUGUUAAUACGUAAUGGAAGGCCCUUUAUUAUAACCGAUGAUCACAAACCUGUAAAGCCUGCAGAGAAGGAGCGUAUUCAGAACGCUGGCGGGAGUGUCAUGAUACAGAGAGUCAAUGGAUCACUAGCAGUGUCGCGUGCUCUUGGGGACUUUGAAUAUAAAAAUGUUGAAGGUAGAGGACCAUGCGAGCAACUUGUUUCUCCAGAGCCCGAAGUUUUAUUUGAUCAACGUUCUGAAAAAGAUGAAUUUAUUGUGCUUGCCUGUGAUGGCAUAUGGGAUGUUAUGUCUAAUGACGAACUCUGUGAAUUCAUUCGGUCCCGUCUACUGAUCACAGAUAAUCUGGAAUUCGUAUGUAAUCAGGUUAUUGACACCUGUCUAAGCAAGGGAAGCCGUGAUAAUAUGAGCAUUGUGGUAAUAACUUUUCAGAAUGCCCCUCAGGUAUCAGAAGUAGCCCGUCAAAAAGAAGCUGAACUUGAUACAAGACUUGAGAACAGAGUAAAAGAAUUUCUUGAUAAUUCUAAUCCUGGCGAUGUUGACUUUGGUCAUGUAAUGCACGCACUAGCUAGCGAAGAUAUUGCAGGUUUGCCACCAGGAGGUGGACUUGCAGCCAAGCGUAACACAGUUGAAGAUAUUUUCCACAAGUUAAACCCAACAUCCAAAAAUGAUGAGAAUGCAGCCGAGGAUGUUUGGUAGAUUCAAUAGGUCCCUUCGCAGAUGAUUUCUAUAACCCGAUGGUAUGACUGUCCGUUUAUGCACAGUAACAACUCCACCAAUGUAUCUUACAAAAUCAAAUGUGAUCACAAGAUAGAAGACAUCAAACUUUGUACGUUGAAGGAAAAAAUAUUUUUUUUUGUGAUUUUUUUUUUUAAUCAUUAGUCUGAGUCUAAGUUUCUUUUCUUGUUGUAUGUUUUUUUGCUUUGUAAUUCUGGGUAGGUGUGUGAGGAGAAGUCAAGCUAAAUUAUGGCUGACAGUCUAAAUGUAAUCCAGAUAUAUUUGUGUAUAUAAUAUAGUAGUUGACUUUCUGAUGACAGUGAUUUUCUUUGAGAAUUUAGAAGUAUUAGUCCACUCACAAAUGCACAGAGGAUAGCAGUUUCCAUACUGAAAAACAUGCAUGAUUAUGAUUAUUGCAAAUUUUGUGGCAGGUGCUUUCAUAUUUCAGAAGCGCCUUGCCCCACACCAUCACCAAAGUAUUGUUGAUGUAAAUGUAUAUACCAAGAUUUUUGGCUUCCUUCGUUGCCCACUGUGGGUUUUAGUCAUGUAAUAAUGUGAUACUGCAGCGGUACAUGGUUUCUGUGGAUCGAGAAACAAAUUGAGUGACUUCCUUGUUCUGAAAGAUUAAAAUAAACACGCAUACACGCUUCUGCUUUUAAAAUGGAAAUUCUGAUGAGUGUAUUUUCUGUUCGGUUUAUAUAGGACCAGCUCUAUAAAUUACCAGUAUUAAAUCACACCACAUGUAAGGUGAAACGGUAUCUUAAUUUCUGUAAUAUAAGGUACCCAUACUGGGAAUUGAAUUCUCACUGUUCUUGACAUUCAUUUACUUCGAGAUGUACAUUUCUAGUAUAUAAAGACGCAGCGUCUGACUUACACUAAAAACAAUUUCAGCUUUGAAUCCUGAUUAGCUGCUUAUUGUAAAUGCAUUAUAUGGUCAUUCCCGUUUUGCCAUGUUUACUUGCUUCUGCGGGAAGAUGGCGAAAUUAUUGUUUGCAUACGUAAUGUACCAAGACACGAUUUAUUCAUGAAAAUGCUGUUAUAAAUUCCUGGAAACUUGUCAACCAGCCACGGACUUACAAUUUGCAAGUUGUUUCCUUGGCAUCUGAAUAUUAUCAUUGUGAUAUGUCACUUUGGAUGUCACAACGUUGCCCUUGCAGGAUGUGAAAUGAAAAUUUUCUUCAUCUGGUUAGUAUGACUGGGGUAGGUGAGCUUUUGAGGUGUAAGUGAUGUAAAUCUAAUUUUACAACAAUGUGGCCAUAGCUCAUAUUUCUACUAUGAUAUAUACUGUUAUGCGAAAAUAAACCACUUUAACUAUUUUGAGCAGUAACAAUAACAAAUUUUGAUUUUGGCAAAUUUAGCGUUUGUAAUCCCUGUUGGACCUUAGAUGGAAGUGGCAGACAAUAGCAAAAGAUACACAAAAAACAUGUUUGUAUCCCGCAAAUAGUGUUCUGAUUCCUCCAAUCUUCACUUCCUCUGUUCCCCCCACUUAUGUAACCAUGGUAUUUUAAACAGUGGAUGGAAUGACACUGGAAUUAUGUUUCCAACAAGAUUCCCUGUGGCCAUUUGCUAAGUCUAUUAACUGUCACUCAGCUAAGGGGGUGAAACUUUAACAUUGAUCAGUAGAAACUGACUAGUACUAGACUGGUCUUCUUACUGGCUUAAUAAAAAUGCCUCACUUACAAUCAUUUGCUGGAUAUUUUCUCUUUCUUUAUUUUUUUCUUUGUUAUUACCAAUGUUAUUCUCAGGAAUGUGACUGUUACUAUUCUCGCAGUGUUUUCUGUUGUACUGUAAAACCUGUAUUAGAAGCGGUAUCCAUAAUAGAAAGUCCCUCCCCCAAUUUUUUUUGAACAAUUGAGAACUAAACAUUCAUCAUUUAUGGUAUGUGUAGAUCCUCUGACAUGAGCCGAAUCCUCUUCAUUGCAUUAUACCAUGUGAUAGAACCCUGCUGCUUCUAAUACAGAUUUUACAGUAGUUGUGCUCUUGCGUAAAGGAUGAUUAGCGCCAACCAUGUCUGUUAUGUUUUCAUUUCUUUGAUACUACCUCAUCUCCUACAUGGAGAAAGUAACAUUCAUUUUCGUGCUGCAUCAAUUCUCUUUUCUUUCGCAUUCAUGCGAUAUUAAGAAAUUGCAGGCUCUCAUGACUUGUCACCCAGGGUUAGUGAAGUUGUUGUAAGAGGUUUGAAACAAGACUGUUAAUUAGAGGAAAGUCUAUAAAAAUGAUUGAAGAAGGAAGGGGCACUAUAGACAAAGCCCCAACACAAAUUGUUACCGGUACAUACAACAAAUAAUUCUGGGCCAGUUUGAUUACUGCAACUAUGCUCAUUAGUCUACUCAUGAAUAUUCAUAUCCACAUACACUACAAAUACUUUCCAAAUCAGUGUUUUGUAUAUAAGCCGAUGUCUAUGAUAAUUUCUACUGCUUUGAAAGUUCUGCAUGCACCAAAUAUAGAAUAUCGAUGAAUUAGCAUUGAUUAGGUGUGCUUGUUUUGACACAUACCAUAAUACUGGUAUUAUUACCCUUACUGUUUUGCAUAUUUCCUACCAGUUUUUGUUGACAUUCAUAAAAUGCAUCACCAUUUUUUUUAAAACUUUUAAUUUUGUGUUUUGCUGCUCUUUCACCUACUGUGAUAUUUCAUUAACCAAAACAAAAACAAGACACUAAUUGUACUGUUCAUUUAAAUCCAAGUUUACAAUAUUCCGAAAAGCAAAUUACAAAUAACAGUGAUGAAGCCAGUAUGUUAGAUUCAAUAUGCCGUGAGCUGUGAUAUUGUGAAUUACACUGAAAAAAAUUGAUACAUUUCAUCUUAGUACCCGAUCAAGUUCAUGCCAUACUUUUUAAAUGAUAUUUUUAUUCAACCGAACUGUAAUUUCUUUAUUUUCAGUUACAGUUGCACUCAUAGAGUGAAGUCAUUCCUUCGCCUUGUAAGCAUUGCUAAACUACCCAAGGUCUUCACUCAAAGGUGCAUUAUCUGCUAAACUUAGGGACGACGUCAAAAGAUCGAUGUUGGAUAAAAUCUUAAUUCCUUUAGUUUUUUUCUAAACCCCCUACACCCCACUGAAACUUAAUUGAUAAAUAUUGGUCAUGGCGUCAGACUACAUUCACCAUUAAAUACAAAUUGAUAAUCGGACAGUAGUAUUGCAUAGCAGUUGGUUGUCGGGUGGGUGUAAAAAGAUUUUACAAAUGCACCUCAUUUGACGCACAGAUUUACACUCGAACCGUACCAUUUUUCUGUUGUUUUUUUCCCUUUUCGGUUAUUUCUGUCCAUGACUGGAUAGAAAAAAAACGAAGUACAAAUACUCCAAGAUUUUUUUGACUUCAUUAAAAAAUAAAAUCGUUUUUGUAGGAUGGAAACUUUUUGAGGUCAAAACCCCCCACCCCCAAACUAAAGGAAAUAAGUUUUUUUAUCCGACAUCGAUCUUUUGAUGUCGUCUCUUACUUGUGAAAUAUUGCAGUGUUUAGGAGUUAUGCGUAAAUCCUAUAGUGCAAUGUGGUUUUAAAACCUGCUUCAGAACAUGCUCAACAUAACUAGCCUAGGUAGUAUGAAAUGAUCAAAGCAGUUUAUCCUGAUGACUCCCUAAGGUGCUGUAAAUUCAAUAAGAACCGAAUCUACAGAAAUAUUGGGCAAACAACGUUUGACCUGUACAUCUUAUAUUUGGUAUAUAUAUGGCAUACUCCAGGCUAAAAACAAAAUAUAUCUGAUAAUAAAUCUUCAAUACAGCAGCAAAUUUUUGGUAUUCUCAUUAGAUGCAUCACCCAAAUACACCUCAUGUGGUCGGUAUACUGGUCAUAACAAUGUCUGUCAGCGUCUCAUCUGUUUUCCCAAAGAAUAGUUAAUUGUAAUCAUGUAAACUCCACCUUUUAAAGUUACAUUGUUGGCAUUAUUUUGUUUGAUAACAUCACUAAGCAGUUCUGUAGAUUGCAUUUUCAGCACAGAAUUUUCUGUUCAACAACCUAAGAUGGGCUAUAUUACAAAAACAAUUGUCGAUGUGAAGCAUUUUCUAUUAAGGUCAGUCUGAGAUGCACACCAGAGAUGUUUUGUGUAAAACCAUUCGGUCCCUCUUCUGAAUUUAUAGGAGGGCUGUAUUACUUGUGUUUGCAUUGCCUCCGAGCGAACUUUGAACAUCCAACAUUGCAUGUAGAUUAACUGUGUUUAGAGUUCUUCCUUCCUCGUCCUGUUAAUAAAACAAUCUACUGUAAAAUGA